GAGAAAAACACCGAACUGUUGAAACGCGUGAGCAGUUUUAUUUUUGUUAAAGUUUGAUGACGUAGGUUAACACCCCGAGGUCCGCGAUUCCGCGUAGCCGCUUGCGUGCGCGGACCAAUCAGAGCGUUCCAGCGCGGCGACAUGACGUGUUCGUAUCCGCCGUGGACAAUGACGACGACGACGACGCUGUCGGGCAAAUGUGGUGUUUCCCUGGCGAGACGCAGUGUUUUCCGCCGACAAUCGAAGGACUAUGUCCGCGACUAGCGCUAACAUUUGGCCAUCACGCUGAAAACCGCCACCCGAUAACAAGACCGAUCUCUCCUGCAGUCGUGGCGCAGCACAUCCGAGAGCCGGCGGCCGCGCGUACAUGGCCCUUGAAAGUGUGUUCGCAAAAGCUCUCCCUAAGGUUGGGCAUGCGAACAGAUACACACAGAAUGGAGAAAUCCAAAGCGGUGGCACCGAUCCAGAUGACCCGGUGUCUCAGGCCGACCUGGAGGAGGGAGAGAUCAUCGACUCUGGUCAGGAGGACAGCGAUGAUCAACCGGCCAAAGGUACGGCGGCGUCCAAGGGGCCGGCUGGUCCGGGGGCCCAGGGCCCCAUGCGCAAGGGUCCCCCCCUGCCCCCCCAAGGAGGCCCCCAGGGAGUCCUCCAAGGAGGCCCCCAGGGAGGCCCCCAGGGAGGCCCCCUGGGCCUGCACCCCCCGUUCCCCAAGCUAGAGAAGCGCAAGCGCAAGAAGCGCAAGAAGGACCCCGAAGGAGGAGAACCCAAGCAGAAGCGGGCGCACUACGUGGACCACGAUCGGAUGGUGGACGACACAGUGUGGUUUCCGCCGGAGUCGAACGUGCCACUGGGACACCACCCCGGCGGCGGGCAGCACCCGGGCCACCGCGGCGGCGGGCGGGGGGGACACCACCCCCACCUCCCGCAGCCCCACCACCAGCACCCCCAUGGUGGACCCAUGCCUCCGAGGGAAUUCGGGUCCCCGGGACCGUACGACGACGGCUUCAUGCAGUCCCCCCGUGGCUGCAACUCGCCCGACGGGGGUCCGGGGGGCCCCGAAUGUCCCCAGGAGGGGAUGGGUGGUCCCCCCCACCAGGGGUUCCCACAGGGGGGCCGGGGGGCCCACAGGGGCAGGGGUGGCAAGCCUCACCCCAUGGACAUGCGGAGGGGGCCUCCCAAGAAGAAGAGGAGGAAGAAGCUCAUGGGAGGGGCCAGGGGCAACAAGAGGGGCGGCGGCGGAGGGGGGGACGGUUCCAAGUCACGCUCCGUCUGCAAGUUCUACCUCGAGUCCAAGUGCGUCAAGGGGGCCGAGUGCCCGUUCUCCCACGACGCACCUCAGGCACGCAAGCGCGACAUGUGCAAGUUCUACCUGAGUGGGUACUGUGCUCGCGGGGAACACUGCUCCUUCAUGCACCAGGAGUUCCCCUGCAAGUUCUUCCACACGGGGGCCAAGUGCUUUGCAGACGCCAGCUGCCGCUUCUCCCACCAGCCUCUGACGGAGGAGACUCAGCGCCUCCUCGGCAGGUACCUGGACAACAGCCACGGUCCGCCCCGCAUGGAAGAAGACAACGGCGGACCGCCAGACCGUGGGGACGGCGACAUGGGACCCCCUGAGGACAGGGGGGACCCGCGUGGACCCCCGGAGCGCGGGGAGGACCGGGGCGAAGGGGGGCCCCCGCCGGGGGAGGAGGAGUUCUUGGGGUGCCCGCCCCACAUGCUCAAGAGGCCCUCCUUGCUGGGCUCGCCCCCGCGGCACGUGAAAGAGGCCGCCGAGUCGUGGCGCAUGCAGUUCCUCGGCGGACCCCCCGGACCCCCGGGGGUCCCCUUCACCCAGCAGGGCCCCCCCAUGAUGAGCCCUCCCAGGGGACCGCCCCAGAUGGGCUUUCCACCGAGGCCAAGCUUCUACAUGGACACCCUGCAGUGCUCCCCAGUGCGGGGCAUGCCCAUGGCGGGUGGCACGCCGCCCCACGCCGGCCACCCCGGCAUGGGGCCCCUCCCGCUGUGCCUGGACGAAGGGUUUGGGCCAGGGCCCAUGCCCAUGGGUGGUGCCGGACCCCACCCUGGCGGUUUCUGCUCGCCGGACAUCUCUUCGCCGCCCCUUCAGGACCAAGGUCCUUCCUUUAUCGGCGAUCCCCGUUCCAUGGGCUCCGAUGGCAUGCCCCAGAUGGGAGUCUUCUUCGAUCCGAGCCAAGACCAGUCAAUGAGCCCACCCCCCCAGCAGCAGCAGCAGCAACCGCCGCCGCCGUCGCAACACCAACAGCAGUCCAUCCCUGGCCUAACACUGACUGAAUUUGAGGGUUCCCGCUCUUCGCCGCUGCCUCCCCAGCAGACCGCCAUCCCGGGACUGGACCUGGUCGACCAAGACUCGGCGCAGAGUCCGUCGAGGCAAGGCGGCAGCGACGACGCAGAGAAGGACGCAAACAACAGCGACGACGAGAUGUGGCAGCCGUCAGAGCGGAAGGGUCUCCCGCCAAACCUGCCGUGGCGCCAACGCCAGCUGUUCCUCCGGAUUCAGCAACAGCAGAAGGAGCAGCGGGCCGCCGAAGAGGGCGGGGCUCUGGCCGCGGAGUCUCCGAGCCAUCCGGCAGAGGCAGAGAAGGAGGAGCAGGGGUCGAAGGGCACCGAGGUGUUGGAGGAAGAAAAGAAAGCCGUGGCGGCUGUGGCUGCAGACGUCGGGAGCAGCGACGACGACGAGGACUACGACGACGACCAGCCGCUGACAGCCGUGCUCAAAAAGCUGCAGGAGCAGACGCCGGUGGAGGAAAGCAGCGCACCUGCCAAGUGCCCGGGCGGCACGGCAGUGCCACCGCUCCUGCCCACGCCGUCCGUCACUGCAGCCCCGUCCCCGGGAACCAUCAACUUCGCCGAGAUGAUGAGCAGAAUCGAGCAGCAAGUCCCCAGCCAAUCGCAGACAAACUUCUGGAAGCACCUCUUCUCCUCAGUGCCCGCGUCAGCGACGACCCCGGCCGUCGAGUCCGCCCCCGUCCCGACGCCGCCCACCCCAGCGCCACCCGCUAGCCGCGACCCCCGGCGCGCCCGCGCCGAAGCGCAGCAGCUUCCCAAAGCGCCGACGGAUGUGCCGCAGUCGUCAAGAGACCCCAGGCUCCGAGAAAAGCUGCCCCUGCCCCCACCUCCCAAGACUGAAGUCACGUUCGUCGAGUCAAAGGACGGGGACGCGCCGUACCGGCUUGUGUCGAUCCUGCGAGCAUUGCCAAACUACGACGACGUCGCGCGAGGCGGCUCGCUGCCCCAGUCCAAGCUCCGGAGCGACCCGCGUUUCGCCAAGUAUGUCGUCAACUUGCCGCCGGAAGCGCCUAAGCCCGCCGCCGUCGCAAAGCCCGCCGUCGCGAAGCCUUCGAUUUCGGAGCUUCCGUUCCCACCACCCCCGCCGCCGCCGCCCAAGCCCGUAGGUGUGAGCAGAAGAGAUCCGCGCAUGGCGCGUCACCUCGAGCAGCAGCAGCAGCACCCCCCGCCGGAAAAAAGGACAGUCGUCGCAGCGGAACCACAGAAAACCCCCGUUGCUGCGCCUGAAGUUCAUCGGCUUCCGCCCCAGGUACAACCGAUGGCCCCGAAAACGGAUCCGCGGAAAGCGGCUGCAAUGGCGGCAGCCUCUACACACGCGAAUGGAGGAACGGCCGUCCCUCCCAUCGUGAGGAUAGACCCGCGCCUAGCGAGACGGCUGGAGCAGAUGCAGCAGAAACAGCAGCAGCAGACGACGACGAUGGACUCUAGUAGUCCGGCCGUGAAGAAAGAUGAAGAGAUGGAAGUCACCGAACCCAUCGACACAAAACCGCCGCCUCCGCCUCCGCCGAAGCGGGAUCCGCGGCAGAAGAGCAAGAGCGUCCGGAAUCCGCGAGGGGGACUGGUGGCCCGCAAGAAUCGAAUGGACUACGCCUCGCCACUGAGCUCAUACGAGAGCGAGGGGGACAGGCCGAGCGGCUACAGCAGCUACCAGCGGCGACCGCAGCCGCGACCGCCCGUUCCUCCCGCCCCGGUCGAUGCGCCGCCCCUUGUCGCAGUCCCUCUGCCGGUUGCGUUGCCGAGCCCCGUGGUCCCCACGCCGAACCCCGCCCCGCAGAUCAUGCCGCCGCAGUCCGCGAUCAUCUCGGAUGCGCUGCUGUGCGACGCGGACCAAGCGAUCAAGUCACUGAAGGACGUUUUCAAGACGAAAGACCCCACCGCUUCUCCGUUCUGCUGAAGUGUUUUUUUUUUUUCUUCGCAUCAUUGUUGUUAUUGUAAAUACGAUAAACUCCAUAAAGACGAUCGCAAACUCGAGCAAGCGGCGGAAGUGAAAAACACUCGUGCUGGCUCGGGACGGUGCGAGGCGCCUCGAUGUACAUAGCUAAAACGUGCGGAAUGAUGCCUGUAGCGGAAGAUUCUCGACGUAAUGCGCAAGGUUCGUGCCGCGAUGCAUCGGAGGAUGCCGUCGAGACAAUCGGGAGGGGUGUACAAAGUUUCCCGGCAUGGCAGACUGUCGUUUCGAGGCCCCUUCCCACUCAGGCGGUCUGCGCGAGUGGUUUUGUCGGGCCUCUUCGACGCAUCUAAACAUCGUACGUUUCGUUUCGACCCAUUUCUUCUGGACGCCCGCGGCCAUUGUGGGGUUCGUGGAGCCCAUCUUGACUGCCCACCUCUCUUGCCCGGUGGCCCCGUUGCGCGUAGAAAGGUCAACACGGCGGCUCGGAUUGUCCGGCCGCGACGCCUUUUGUCGGGGUUCCUUCUUAAUGCCAAUAAAAGGACACCAAUAGCGUCUGUAUAGCUGA